GUUGUUUCGUUCAUGUUUUCUGUGUUCCAUCUUCAUUUCUUUUGCCUCUCCAUUGGCUGCUUCAACUGUGUGUAUGCUCAUGUUGGUUGUGUCGGCUCGUACAGCUCAAAGUCAGAUAGGUUUAUAGUUGGCUCAUGUAGUGGCUUUUCAGUGUUUGCUAUGUUCGGUCGUUAUUUACAACACACGCGUUUACUUUUUGCAUUUUUACGUCCAGAUUCAAUUAAGCAUCAGCUCAGUUUGUUUCGGUGUCCCGGUGCUUUGAAUUUAUAAAACCAAUAAAUUUUCAUGGGUUUGAACAAGGUAGACGAAAGAGAAAAAAAAAGAAAACAAAAAUAGUCUAAUCAUUGUCAGUGAAUAGAGAGAAAUCGUCGUGUAGUUCGUGGAAUUCCAGUGUGUCGUGCGAGUGAGUGGUGGUGUUUGUCGUGAAUGUUUUGUUUUCAUGUUGUAUAAGCGAUUGUUGCCUGAAUUUUUCGUCCGCAUACGCAAAACCCAUUCACACAAAGUGCUUCGAAGAACCCAAUUCCGCGUUCAGUGCACUCCUGCAGUAAUAACGUAAUAUAGCCAAGCGAAGAGUUGAAUUAUUAUCUUCUACUAAGUAAGAGCCUGAGCGACACACAAGAACUGAAACCGAAACAGAGAGACAUCGAGUGAAAAACGAACGAUCCAUCGUCGUGUUCUCAACAAGAAUUCACCUAUUUUAUUAUCGCUGUGACUCUCUGAGAACAGGUUAAAUGGUACACGAUCCGACUGAUUAUUAUAUCAUAAGCGAACGCAUCAAAAAGCAAUGAAAAAGUCGAAAUAGCUUUUGUGAAAAAAAGGAAGCGAUCCGUGCAGCAAACAUAUAUGUAAGCCUCAACGGAAAAUACGAAAAGCCGAAUAAAAAAUCGCCCGAAACGAACAAAAAUCCAAAUCGAAAACAAUAUACGAAACGAAACAUACGAACGAAUGGAUAAUUUAGAUAUAAGUGAUUCAUUGUCUUCAUCAUUUCCGUGGUUGCCAUACGGAGCAUCACAGUUUGACUAUCAGAAUGGCGAACUGGGCUAUUUCUCACAGCGCAGUGCCAUGCUCGAGCCCAUCAUCGAAGAAACUUCCGACGAUGAUGAUGUAAGCUGCGGUCAUGUGUGGACACACAAUGAUAACCAAUGGAGUUCAGAGUCCGAUGCUGGUUCAGUGAUUCGUGUCGAACUCAUUCAAGAAGCCGAUACCAUCUCUUUAAACUCGGAAAGGGAUUUUGCCUGUCCACCAAAGCGUCGAAAGCAAGACGAAAACGAUGAAAACGUAGUACUGCGAAAGUCUACAUUUAGUGAUGACUACAAAUACCGAAUCGAUCUCCUCGAACCAUCAAAUGCCGAUGCAUUCACAAAACGAUUUUGUAUAGACCCUCUGAAUUUCGAUCGAUUCUCUGAUCCAGACAGUUUAUCGUUUAACUCAUUAAGUCGUUCAUCGUCUCUCAUCCAGUUCGAAUCGCUGGAGCGUCAAAUUCAAACAAAUGGUGAUACAUUUGGCGGUUCAUCACCAUUUCUCAACCAUUUGGCCGCGAGUCAAGAGACAAACAAUAAAGCCAACGUCGAAUUCAUUGCCGCUGCAACAACGAAACCCAAUGAAAAUACCAACGAUACAAGCGCAUCGCGCAAUUACUAUGACAUUGAGAAGAUCGAUUUUAAUUCGGCACUAUUUUUAAACUGUCAGGAACAGACAAGUUCAUCGGAGUCGAGCUACUCGACCGACAACAGCAUUUACUAUUCGGAUAAUCAAACCGAUGUCGAACCGAUUGCAAAGGAACAGUUGCAACGCACGACACACAAUGCAAAAAUGGCAUUUCGAAGUAAGAAUUCGGUUGAGAAUCUCAGCGAAGAUAGUGGCUAUGGUGAAUUCCCAUCGAUAAAAUGCCGAUCGAAGAGCAUUCCGAAUCUAAAUCAAGAUCAAUUGAUCGAAGAAGAUGUGAAUUUGGAUAAUCACCGUAGUCUAAAUAAUAUAAGUAACCGCACUUCAGCGACGAAGACGAAGAAAACGACGACGUCGUCGUCAGCCAGAGAAAACGGUUGCAUCGCACCAGCAGAUAGUUCAAAAAUAAACACGACACAUGCCGAAAAAGUGUUCGGUGCGUCCAAAAAUAGCGAUCGUGUGCGCAAUGAUUGGAGUGAGCAUGUUUUGUCAGCGCCAACAAACACAAAUGGCGUCAGUAGUAAAAAAUCUGCUUCGUCUACAUCGUUGCAGAACACACAAUCAGCCAGUUUGCCAGAUAUUUCAGCUCAUUUUGCUGACGAUUACGAUACCAACGAAACGAUUUUCUUCUGCGACACCACGAAUCCCAAUCGAAAAUCCAAACGAAAUACUGUGUGCGGUGAUUUGUUGAGUGAACCAGCCUCGUUGCUACAGAAAGAUUCAUUUAGUGUGGCAAGUGUACCGAAUAAUUUGAAUAUCUGCUCAUCGCCGUCAUCGUCGUCGCAAUGUUUGAGCAAUGGUGAUUUUGGUGUGGCGUCACGCGAAGAAUGCUGGACAUCAAAGAACUCACGAAAACACUUUAAAAAUAAUCAUUGGCAAGAGCCAAAGUUAACCACAACAAAUGCUAACGACAGCAUCGCUAGUCGCAAUUUCGAUUUGGCACAAGCAUUUGGCGGUAUCGACUAUCACUGUAGCACAAUCUCACCGUCCGCAUCCGUUCAGCAAACAUUUCAACAGCAAAAGAUCAUUAACUCAAGCUACAGUAAUUUAACGCUUUUAGACUAUUCCGGAAGUACGUACAGUAUACGUAAUCAAUUGCGUGCGAUGGCAGAAAGUCAAAAACGAAAUAGCACAUCAAGUAAUCGCAGUAGCAACGGCAGCACAGGCAGCACUGAAUUCAGCAAGUGCAAUUUUUUGUUGGAUGAAAUUUCGGCGCAUUUCGAUAAAAGCCUCUCGAUUUUGAAUGACAAAGGCAGCUUUGAGGAUGAAACGGACAAUGUUUCGCAUGCAUUUUCAGAGGUGAAAGAGACCGUUCCGCGUGAAUUGAAACCUCCUCAGCCACCGCCACGACGACAAACUAAAAAAGCCGUUUCGAAAAGUGAACGUGAAUCCAAAACUGAUUCCGCUCUAUUGGAACAGUCUUCGAAUUACACUUUCGAUCGUGAUCCAACAAAUUUGAAAACAUGUUACGCAGAGAGUUUGGAACGAUGCAAUGUGGAAUUCCAGUCAUCGAACAGCAUUAAUUUGUUGGAAGACAACAGCACACCAAUUCAAUUCAGCCCAGUGAAACAUUCAACGCCCGCCAAACGAGAAAUGGUCGCCAGUACACCGAACCUAAUCCAGCAUCGAACCGAUCGUGUCGAUACAAGUGAAGAGUGUUUACAUUCAUCAAGUGCCUAUAAUUCCUUAAAUCCCUUGCCACAAUCCGAUGCACCGCAGACGAAAGGCAUCUUAUCGGCUGGCUCACGAAACUCAUUGGGCAAAGGUGUCAGCUUUUAUCCCUACGUCUCACAAAUCAGUUGGCAUGAACAAUCAUCGGUUGAAGACGCAGCCGAACCAAGUGAUAGUGAAAUCAGCGACAAUCGUAAUAAAAAUUACAACGAUAUGAAUAAUUCGUCGAGCAGCUCCGUUCAGCCACAACAACAACAGCACCAACCAUCAACGGAACGCAUACCAACGAGCGACAAUGUAAACAAUAACACAGGCUUAACUAACACAGUUGCAAGCCCCACAAUAGCGUCAACGGCAACGGCAAUAGCAACAGCCAUGAAUACGCACACAAACGAGACAUGCGACACUAAUGAUUCCAGUGCGGUAGAUAGUAGUGAUGAUGAUUUGUACUAUGAGACACAACCACGAUCGUUAGCAGCACUGGCUGAGCGAGACAGACGACGUGAGCAGCUGUAUCUACAGAAGCUAGCGAAAAGGCAACAGAAAGAGUAUCAACAGCAACAGCAAUGUAUGAACACAAGCAAAGAUCGUAAUGUUUUGGUGGACAGUCAACGUCGAGACGGUAUGUCGAUUCAAGCGAAUGCAAUUGACAGCAGUUCAGCGAUGAUCGUCAAUGAGAGCAGAGUGUCGGUCGCAAAUAAUAAUAAUAAUGUGAAUCGUGUGUCUAGUGGCAAUGACAUCAACCGUUUGAGUGCUCAACAGCAGCAGCAGCAGCAACAGCAAAAACUGAAUAAUAAGAGUAAAAUUUUCGUAAAUAAAAACGAUUUGCGUGAGAAUUGUGCGGUUAAUCGAAGUGUUGUGUCGAACGAUAGUCAAACGGCAAAAAUAAAAGCAAUGGAAAAAUCGAAUGUGAGUGCUAUAAAUGUGCCAGUGUCGCAAGCAGCAAUAGGUAAAAGUGCAUCAAUGUUGUCACCGAAAAUGAAUAAUUUUGAUAAGAAAAAUCACAACAAUCAUAAGCCUGGAUUCUUAUCGCGUUUUACGAAUUUCCGUUUUUCAUUGCGCGGCAAUAGCAACAAAAAGAAAUUAAAAUCACUCGAAAAUACGGCGCCACCGCCGAAUGCUGCCAAUAAUAUUGUGCUUGUGUCAACAAAGAGUGCUACACCAAACAGUCAACGCAACAAUGAUGUGGUCGAUCAUCAAGUGCCGAUACGAAAUAAAAGCAACAAUAAUAGUUCACGACCUGGCUGCUAUCAACGCAACUCGAUGCGCAGCAAUGAAUUUGAAUAUAUACCAUUGAAAGAUCCGAUUGCAGUCGUGUUUGAUACGCCAAAUCAAACAAGUGAUAAAAAUGUGGGCAAUGUGACAACAGCAACAGCAGCAGCAGCAGCUACAACGAACAACAGCAAUACGAAUGCACCGACGAGAAAUGUACCGAAGCAUUUGAGGAAUGAUAACAGCAGCCAAUUUAUAGCGGCUGAAAAGAAGAAUGUGUUGACAACGAAACCUCCACUACCACGACAACCUCCACGUGUAGUCGGUGUAUGCGCAAAACAACCAUCCACGUUGAAUUCCACACAUCCAAGCUAUUAUCAGCAGCAGCAGCAGCCACAAUCGAACAAUAAAGCGGCUACAUUGGCACAAUCAAAUCCACAACGCGAAGGAGUAAAACGUCAUGCGCAACAACAACAGCAACGUUCCACAUCGACACCGCGCGAAAUCAAUUUCAACAACACCACUGAUAAUGGCAAGCAUUUCCAUUAUUUGGCCAACGCUGACUAUGAUGAUGAGUAUUAUCAGUUGCUUUCCAGUCGACAAGCGAACGAGUCACAUUCGCGUGGCGGUCUCUUAAAAGGUGCAGUUUCAAGUGAUGGUCUAUUGAUGGACGUGAACGAAAAUAGUUUUUGUACGGUCGUUGGUGAUGAAGAAGAUGACGACGACGGCGGCGAUGAUGAUGGUAAAAUUGGUCUCAUCGAAACGAAUCUCGAUACCGAUGAAACGGUCAUAUCGGGCAAAACCCGAAGCCUGAUGGAACUUGGCCCGCAAAUGGCACAUCGUGGUGCCAAUGCAGUUCAUCGACGUAAACAUGGUGCUAAUGGAACCGAUCCAACCACCAUCGAACCACGAAGACCCCAUAAAAGUAUGGAAUUUUUAUUGGAUAAAGAAAAUCAACGAUUCGUUUUGCCCCCAGAAAAUGAGCUCCAAAAAUCCCACGACACCAAUACAAAUAUCAGCGAGCAUCAGUUGCGUGUGCAAGCAUCAUUGCAGCGGCUAAAUAUUCCCGAUUGGUUCAAACAGUAUAACAGUACCGCUGCAAAGGGUGGCGAAAGCACCGGUGGCUAUGUGCCGGGCAGUUUUACCAAAAAGCGCAACGCCGAUGUGCAACGAUGGACUGGCCUUAGUUCAAAAACCACAUCACUCAGCUCAUUAGGAUCGCAUCGAUCGGAUCGUAGCCCGUUAUUGUUAAGCCCAUCCGCACAAAGUCAUCAUGGUCACACAGGUUUUUCGCGUUGGUCCACAUCGCAUCUAAAUUCCAGUCAAACAUCACCAAGUGCUUCGACACGUGGAUCAUUCUCACGUGGCGGACCGAAUGCAAGCAUUUUAUCGAAUCAAUCGUCAAUACGCGGCUCAUUCAGGCAACCAUAUCUCGGAUGGAGAAGCCAAGAGAAAUUAUCACAACCACGAACGCCUCACGAACGACUUGCAUCAUCGAUGUUGAGCCGUCAACAAACCAAACAACAGCAACAGCAGCAACAACAAACCCAGUCAAAUAAUACGAAUUCGUUAAGUGCUAAAACUGCCACAGAGCCAGCCGUUUCCCCGGAGAUCCAGACGUCGAUCAAAGAAGUAACGUCAGCUAUUGUGCAUUAUGUCAACGAUCAAACCAAUCGAUCCGGUAAUUCUAGAAGUCGAUCGGCCAGCCCAUCGUCUAGGCGUUGCUGGUUAGAAAGUUCAUUUGUUGGCAACAAACCAAUGGAUUCCCCACAGACACCGGUACUGGAGAGUUCGAUUGGUCUCUCAGCUGCAUCUUCCCGAGUAAAUGGCGUUGAGUCACCAUUACCAGUACUUUCCAUUCAAAACGAUCGGCCUUCGCACAGAGGUUCAGCAACAUUAGAAGAUGUUUUAGCAUCUUUAUUGGGCUUACCGUCAGAGUACAGGUCUUCAGGAGACACAAACACAAUCAAUGAUAGCUGUCGUUUAACAAUCGACACACAACCGUUGCGUCGUCGUAGCGAAAGUGAUGCCGCAAAACGUCCCGACUCAACAACACCUGACAAUAAUGAUUCACCCGCUCAACUACGUCGUGUUAGUCUCGAUUCAACGGAAUCCAAAUCAACCGCCGCUGGAGUGUCAUCGGCCAAUGCAUCAACGGUUGGCGAUAUGAUCAAAUGCCGAAAUCCAAAAUGCGAUGCCACCGCCAGUCCAUCCGAUGCCAAACGAAAUUUCAAGAGUUGUCACAAUUGUACUCAAAUAUAUUGUUCACGCGAUUGUCGUCGUGCCCAUUGGGAAAAGCAUCGCAAAGCUUGCCUUCAUUCACGUGUAUCGGUAUUGUGUCGUCAAGUGUUGUCGGCGUGCAAGGAUGAUAAUGAUACCCUGUCACAUUUAUCGAUAUUAGCGCGACGAGGCUAUUUGACACAAGGCCGAGGUGUUGUUCGCAUAUUAUUUCGCAGUCCAGAAAGUGCAGAGGUAUUCGUCAAACAGGGUUUUCAACGGAUCGGUGAAGCGUCUUAUGUUCGAUGGCCGGAGUUGAUGCCGCAAGAAAUGGGCCCCGAACUGUAUUCGGAACUACUUCGAUUGAGCACCGAGUACAAGCCCGAUUCAAAAAUGCUAAUUUAUGUGGCAAUUUGUGUUGUAUCAGAAGCACCAAGCAGUGCAUCAUCGACAUCGGUAAAAUGGGAGCGUCAACUCGUAUCGCGUUGUGCCAAAUUAAAGCUAAGCAAAACACUACCACUUGAACUAGUUGGAAAUUAUGCAAAUUCAACGGCAAAUACAGGUCACCAACGAACAACAUCGAAUACAUCGAAUUCAGCAUCGGAUCCGCUGGCCAGUAGCACUUCCAUAGCCGUCGCCGAACCAAUCAAAGUCUAUACCGAUGUGCUAAUUCUAACAUUUAAUAUGUGCGAUAAAACGCAAAAUACGCUAAAGAACCGAGAACUUGUGCUUCAGAACAUGCAAUUGGCGUUGAAAAAGCGCGGCGUUAGCCUACGUAAACAUUAUCCCGAAAUAUUUCAACGGCUUAACUCGUUUGUUGAAGGAACAACGGAUCGAUUUAUGCCGGUGACAUUGCAUCCGCGCGACUCGUCGACUGGACAACCGUUUAUCUGCAUAAUGAUGCCAAAUCUAGGGGAAACCGAUCGAAUCAAACUGCCCGAAUCGGAUAAAUCGGAUAAAGGCAAUAUCGUUACUAUCGACUGCCUAGAAGUAGAUCAAAGCACUUUGAUUGAUUAAAAUUCAUAGCGUCGUCGUGCACAUUACCCGAAACCGAACCCAAACUUGAACACAUAGACUUGUUACGAAUCCAUUGACCUACAUUCAAAUUAGCUGACAAAAUAAUAUAUGAAAUGAGCUCAAACUCUGCAGGAAACGCAUUCGAAAAUGCAAUAAAAUAAAGAAAAUCAUCGUUACAAUGGAAAAAGAAAUGUCGACACACUCAAGCAGCCUUGAAUUAUGGAGCGAAACGACGACCUACUUGAGACAUCCGUUACACUUAUUAAACAAAUCAGGUUACAUUAAAUAAUAUUUGUGGUAUGAACUUUUCAUUCGAUGGAAAAAAAAGGGGAAAAUUCUCGCAGAUUACGAGAAUGAAAUGACAUUGCUACAGCAGCUCAGUAUCGAUGACAUAAGGUGUAGUGACAGAAAAGCGGCAAAUUACAACAACAAUAACAAAAAAUGCAUUUAGUUGGAUAAAAAAGAGAAGAUGUUAUGAAGCCAGAACCUCGUUACGAAAACAAACAUAGGUUUUUAAUAAGAAUAAUCGUUUUUUUUUGUAGAUUGAAAAACACAAAUUUCGUUUGGUCCUCCAACUCUCGAGGGGAAAAAAAAUCCAAGAAAAAAAAUUGUGAUUCGAAUACGAGUCCUUUUGUUAACAACUCUUUCGCUCAAUAUACCAAAAUACUAUGCAUUCUACCAACGUCAAUACAAUCAAUUUUGUCGCCACUCCCAGCCCACGAUUGAUCGCUCGCCGUUCACACAUCAAUUGAAUUUGUACAGCAACUCUUGUACAUUAAAUGCAACACUAACAUACACAUACACAAAUUACAGAGCUGAAACCAAACUAAACUGAAUAGACAUUAAGUAUGUAAGCCCUUCAAAUAAUUUCCAACAUUUUCUAAUUUUAUUCAACACAACAACAACAAAAACUAUAUCGAAACCCAAAAAUAUUUUACUCCAUUUACGUAAUAUUCCUAUCGCUUUCUUUUUAUUCCUGCUCUAUUUUCUAUCGUUUAUUUCCUCGACAUAUUUACCCAGAAAAAAAAAACACUCUAAAAAAAAUCUCCUUGCCUUUUUGUGACAUGGAUGAAAUUGAACUUUUGAAGAUAAAAGAAAAACAAAUCUAUAUAAAUUACCCACUAAAAAUCAUAUCGAGAUGAAGGCGACUAUUUUGUACCCUUUCAAUUUGUGUUAUUCGUUUUUUCCUUUUCGAAGAAUGUUCUUGUGCAAGAUUUUUCUUGAACUUGACACACGCAAUAUGAGAGAGACUUUAGGCUAAAUAUAUUCAAUAUUAACAUAUUUCUUAAUUAUAUGACAAAUUUUUAGAUCAAUUCUCAAUUUUUCGCGAGAGCAUUUAAUUGAAAAUGUUUUUUGUCAUAUAUGCAGCUGUUUCCAUGAUUCGAGGAACCGACGAUUUUCUGAAUGAAAAACCAACAAAAAGAAUCGCUCACCAUUUAUUCGUACUUAAAAUGUAUUUUCAAACCACUUUCGAAGUUGAAUCAUAAGAGCGUUCUGAAUGCAUAAUAUUCAUCUGAAUUUAAAAACAACAAAACAAUACUAUUCUAUUCCACAGGCAUAACACAUAGGUUGGUUUGGGUGGGUGCGUGUGUCGCCAAUCAAACCAAUUUUUAGCUAGAAUUCAGUUCGAUUCUGAUGAAUGGAAUUUUUCCUAAUCAAUCGAGAGAAGUGAGUGAUGAAUGGAACACAAUAUGUGCAUGAUUUGAAUUUGUCUAACGCCUUUCUAGCUCAUAAAAUUGUGCCGACUGCCACGCACCUUGUCCAAAA